GUCCGCGGGACCAACUGGGUGCAAAAUAACAGCGGCACUGGCUGGGGUGGAUGGGGGGGGAGAGAGCCUUUCUUCUGAGAAGAACGAACGUCUUUUUUUAAGCAACCAAAAUACACAAGCAGUCAGUACUUUACUCCUCCCCUCCCUGCUGUAUUCGCAGAUGUGUUCUACCUCACUUGAACAGCCCGUGUAGUUUCUUUUGAAAAUUUUGGUUUUCAUCUUGUUUACAAAGUGACUGCAAAAAAUACUUGACACACACGGGAAGAGAAAGAGAGACAGAGAGAAGGCAGGCCUUCUUUCCAUGUAAACCCAAGUGAGCGGCCAUAUGACACUUUGCAUUGUGGUCUCUGUUUAAGCUGAAUACCGCCUGAGGGAUCAUUGUGCACUGUCUGCUCAUCGGCCUCUUGUCUCCCGCUAAGAGAGUGGUUGUCUGCCUGUGCAUUUAAAUUGCAGGCCAGCUUCACAGCCAGACCGCCAUGUUCCACCGACUCACCAGUCUUUUCUAUGGGGAAACGGAGGAGGUCUGCACCCAGGGUCCUGAUCCCAGUUUGACUGAAAAGGAAGAUGACGGCUGGCUCAUCGUUGACUUUCCAGAUGAUUGCACUCCCCCCUCAAGUGAAGAUGUGGAAGUGAAGGCAAAUGUUGCCGGGCCUAGUUCUCGCCUUUCCGAUGCAUCCCCUCCAUCAGCCUCCUCUUCCCUUGAGAGUCUCUGCCACUGUGGAAGUGACUCCAGUCCUCCACAGUCUUUACCCUGCACUUUGGAAGAGAGUUGGUUUGUCACCCCUCCCCCCUGUUUUACUGCAGAAGGCCAGGAUGAAGUCCAAGUGGAGAGCAGCCCCCUGGAGAACCUGCUCAUUGAGCAUCCGAGCAUGUCCGUCUAUGCUGCCAGCAACACCAAUAUCACACUGGAGGAAGAUGCCAAUGAUGAAAUCAACGAUGGGAACACCGCUCAGCACAGGGUGGAACGUUGGGCUGCUCCAGCUCCGGCAGCCGUUGCGGGUCGAGCUGGCGGUAUCCUGGAGAAGGCGAGUCAGGUCCGUCGGAUCCAGCGAGCCAAGCAGCGGGCAGAGCGACGCCAGCUGAGCCGUAACCACAUACAGAGGCAGAACCUGGUCAAGGAGAGCCGCUUCCACCGAGUCAAACACCACAGCAGCUUUGUGUACCAGCCAUGCCGUCGCCAAUAUAACCACUAAACCAUCCAGGGGCAGCGGGAGAGAGUGAAACAAACAUCAACGGCAGAAGGAAGGAAGGGCUCAGAGAGACAACAUUUAGCAAUGGGUUUGGACACACUGUGCAACUCGCUGCACAGAUUUUGAACUUGAGCUGGCUUCUAAGAGUAGCUUUCCAAAAUAAAAGUCGUUCCGUUCUGCGACUGGGACACAUCAUCUGGGACCUUUUUUUUUCUUUAAUUUUUACUCCUCCUUUCCUGUGUCUUCAUUGCUUUGUUUUAGAUGUAUCGGGUCCUUUCUAUUUAAGCCUCAGUUACACUCACUUUGUGGUCAUUGUGGUGCAGUGUUUGCGUUUAUUAAUUGAAUGGUGUGGUGGGGGAAUGGAAGGAAGCGAUGACGCUGUUAACAUAUUAACCUGUUAACAAUUUGCAUCAGUCCAUAAUGAGGAUGCUACUGCAUUUGCCUGGCAAAGUUGGAAAGGUUUGGGUCAGAAAAAAAACUUCUCAAAACCACAGGAGUCACCAAUUUUCCGUCCCAUUCAACGUCACAAUCAUCACUUGAAGAAUCCUUGGGAUUACAUAGAUUUCUUUUUCUAAAUCCAUUGCUUCAGAGAUGUUAAUACACUGCUGCAACAGAUGGGACUUGUUCCUGGGUCUCCUGCCUCAGAAGUAGGGACACUAUCACUGUCACAAGAGCCCUCAGGAUUGAAUAGAUGCUGUGGUCCUUACUUUGUACAUUACACUAGUGUGUAAAGAACUGUUUGUUUGAGAGAUCAUCUCACUGGGUAGUAUCAGCAAUUGUUAUUUUUUUUAAAUACCUGCUGAAUUCCUGGUCCUUGACGCUGUAAUAACCAAAAUGGUACAAUUAACUUUACUUUUUUGAUCCCUUGUUUAUUGUUGGCACUGGCCUUUGGUGCCAGGUGCUCUAACCUUGUUUACACUGGUCACCAAGACUCUACUGGUCUCCUUUGCAUAUUUCACUGUCUUGGCCUUGAUGACCAAUCUGGUUUAGGUCAUAGCUGGGGUUUGGCUGAAGUGAUGACCCUGGGGUCAAGGUGACCUUAGGGUAAGGCGUUGACUUUGUUUCAACCAUGUAAUGUUUUCAUUGGAAGGGUUUUAAUCUGAAGGAGAUUAGUGUGGGUUAAGUGAAUUUGCCAGAUUUUGGGGAAGGAAGAGGGAAGCAAGUGCCUAUACAGUUGGUGAACCUCUAUUUGAUGCUUCCCUUUCAGCCUUCCUGCUUACUCCAAGUGUCAGGUCAGACUUGGUUAAAUUAAUUAAUUAAGGAGGGAAGCAGCAGAGAGAUUUAUUGCUUCUUAAAAUCUAGUUCAUUUUAAAUCAAUAUUUGGAAAGCUUUACUCCAUCUGCAUAAAUUUGAGAGGCAUUU